AUGGCGAACUUUAUUUCAUCGAAGUCUGAAAUGUCUAGGUCAACUGACAGUCUAAAUGGUCUUGCGUUUAACGCAAGAUACACAGACCCUGGCACAGACGUCAUCGCUAACGUAACGAGUGUUGAAGACCUGAGAGAGAAGGUAACAUUGUCAUGGAAGAACAUUAAUGUGUUUGUUCCUCAACCGAGACCGUCUGUAUGGAAACGGUUGUAUUGUGGAGACAAGGAUGACGAGCCGAAAAUCAAACAAAUCUUAUUCGAUGGUAAGCAAUUAUGCAACUAUCUCAAAAAUAAUACGGGAUCAGGAUAGUCCACUGCCUUAUAUGCAUUGCAAUCAAAGACAAUGAUUAAUUGACAGAAACCUAUUACCCAGAAGGGGAAAGGGUUCUAGCACAUUUGGACGUUCAGGGUAUUCGCACCUGUGAUUGUAUAGAUUUUGAUAAACUGACAUGAAGCAUACAGAAAAAAAUAAAAGAAAAAGCCACAUGUCAACUUGACAAACGCUCACUUUGGCUCCUCUUUUGUUCGCGUUGAAAAUUGCUAAGUCAUUAUAAGGAAAAAAGUGGGGCCUGUGAAAAUGGAAUACAGGUUAAUUAGGUACAUGCAACGAAUCCCUGAAUGUCUUGGUGAAGUCAAGCGCACAAUCAAAAUGGGCUGAUGCCCCGUGCAAGUGAUCAGGUGUCACCUGUGUUAGUUUCUGAUUCCCGGUAAAAUAUCCUGCAUGGCAACUGAUCACAGACUACCCUUCGGCUCAACAAAAAUAACACUAGGUAAAAUGUGUUAAUAUGCUUUUAUUUCUGAUAUACACAGUUAGUGGUACAAUAGAGCCUGGAACAUUGUUGGCUGUCAUGGGAACUAGGUAAGCAAAUGCGUUUGUGUGGGACGUUAGAGAACCCACGCACUUUUUGUAAAAAGUAGGGGUCGUAGUCCUCUGUGUAGCGGUCCGUCUCAAAUCAACACUUACAUACUGGGGGACAUCAUUACAUAUUCUUUCAAUGUUACAAUAAACUGCACCAUAAGCAGUUUAGCAAAGUCCUCCAACUAGUGUUGUAAAUUAUCCCUGUUAAAAGUCCUGAGGGGAGUGAAUAAUAAGAUAAUUACAAUUAUAUUUAGAGUAACAAACUAUGCACAGAAAGUUAUUACAAGAAAGCUUUCUUGCCAUGAUUUACAUCUUAUAUAGUACAACGUGAGGGAAGUUGGAUAAUUUCUCAGUAUUGCUACGUGUAUACAGUAAUUUUCCAAGAGUUAUUAAAACUCAUCUAAAAGACGAGUUGAAAUUUUAGUUUCAGAUUAAUCCUUUUUGGAUGGGUUGUUUUCUACGCGGUUACUCCAAAUCCGGAGUUAAAAUAAUUUUUUUUUUUUGAUAAUUUGCACUUCCUUUGAGGUUAUUUUGACUCGCCUACAAAGGAAACUUUUAAAACAGUUCUCCGUUUUUGUCAAAACAGCUCUUAGUGAAACGGUUAAAUUCAAUGCCACCUCAGGAGUUAUUUAUUCCUCCAGGAAGGCAUAACAUUUUUCUCAGGCAAUAAAAAAUAUGAAACUGUUCUAUAUUUUUUAGUGGUGCUGGCAAGUCAACUCUAAUGAAUGUGUUAGCACAUCGGAAUAUUGCUCAGAUAGAAGUACGAGGAACAGUUACAGUGAAUGGACAUCCCGCUGGCCUUAAUAUCAAUACUGUGUCGGCGUAUAUUCAACAGGAAGACUUGUUCAUUGGAUCGCUCACUGUCAGAGAACAUUUGACUUUCCAGGUAAUAAUAGCCUUCCACGUAUUUAUUUGAAUAAAUUCGCAUACCUAGGACUUAGCUUUUUCAGUAUGCUAUUAUCACUUAAUAAUAAAAUCUUAUGAUUGUCAGGGAAUAACGUGAAAAAAGACAGGUUGUCCUUAUCUUACUAUAAUCGCGGACGACCAAAGAGGACGGCCGAGAUUCUUACAGACUCCAGUGACAGGUUGCUAUCACAUAUGACCGGUACAUAUGUAGCCAUCAUUUGCUUGGACUUCCACAAAGAAUGAAUGGAAAGCACGAAACGCAAUCUGCAUUGAUCACAAGAUUCUGUACGUUCUAUCACUCUCAAUCUGAUAACUUGCGUUUUUACCUUGUAUUAACAUGUGGAACAUUCGCAAAGCACAGCGCUCGAUCAAAACAGGUUCCGUCGCAUCAAUCUCGCCCACAAUCCCUAACCUUUGGUUAUUAUUAGUAUAAUUAUUUAUUGAAUUGCUUUUACUGUAUGGAAGUAUGUUUCUUACUUUACGAAAUUAAAUUUCGUUUAAACACACAACAACUGUUAAUUUUUUUAAGGCUGCACUUCGUAUGGAUAAACACACGCCAAAGGAAAGAAGAAAGGAUCGUGUCGAGGAGGUCAUUCAUGAGGUAAAUAUAAUUAUUAUACAUCAUGGUAGGCCUGACGUUAGGGCUUAGGAGAUAAAACGACUGUUUAGCAAAUAACUCUAAGCCAGAAACGAGAGCCGAGUGACCUAACAAUCCAUUAUUUAUAACCAAAAGGGUUAUUGCUUCCUUAGUUGUAUAUUUUUUGAGAACAAGGGUGGCGCAGUGGUGAGAGCACUCGCCUCCCCCUAAUAAAGGCCCGGGUUCAAAUUCCCGUGUCGACGAAAUAUAUGGGUUGAGCUUGAUGUCGGUUCUAUUCCCUGGUCCGAGAUGUUUUUCUCUGGGUACUCCGGUUUUCCCCUCUCCUCAAAAACCAUCACUUCCAAAUUCCAACUCGACCAGGAUUAGACCAAGAACCACUUGGUGGAUCUGGUAAAUCUGAAUCGUUAUGUUAUUUUGGUUCUUGUUUCUUUGCUUGCUUUUUAAGUCCUUCUAACUUCCGUUUCUAUCACGCACAAGGAGAGCCAACAAAAUGCGAUUAAACUAUGAUACAUGACUGAUCCAGACAAGCAGUUUGUCGGUUAAGCUCGAGGUUUCCCGCAUGUGGUUAUUCACUACUGAAUCACCGACUAUUAUAUUGCCGCACUAUCUUGGCUUAAAAUUCACACUGGGGGUCGUAGAGACUUCCCAAUAUAUUCAUUUAAAUACUGUAUUAAUGGUUGAAAAUUUUGAAGAAAGACCCGACGAACUUUGUCACAUGGAAAAACUAGAGGGUCACUAUACAUGCCCAUCGUUGUCCAAAGGCAGGUGCAUUUAAAACAUAUCCCACCUGUUACAGCUACAAAAUUAUGCUUAGUAGCCAAAGGACACCCAAGUAUGAAGCAAAGCAGUCAAUCAGUUCAUUUAUUUGCAAAUGGAUGGAACCGCUUGAAUAAAGAGAGUUUCAGACGUGGAAAAGUAUAUUUGACCACUUACAGGGUGUAACCAUUGUCCUUAUUUAUUAUUAUUAUUUUUUUUAGCUUGGCCUAAAGAACUGUGCUGACACAGUCAUUGGGACACCAGGGCGAGUGAGGGGAAUUUCUGGAGGAGAAAAGAAGAGAUUGGCAUUUGCAUCGGAGGUGAGUAUAUUGUUAUUGGCCUCAUCUCUAAAACAUUUGAAGGAUUCUAGAGCAACAUUUAUCCGCCUCCUGGCCUCAGUAGUGCAAAAAGUCUUUGUUGACCGAAGCGGAACGUCCACAUCAAGCAUAACGAGCACAGCUGCAACAUGGCGGCAGCCUAUAGGGGCAAUAAAAGCUUGCUCAAAAAACACAUAAAGCGAAAAACCGUUCAGUUUUCCUACUUUCUUUGGAAGCGACAAACUUUGCUAUCGGCCUGAGUGUUGAAGCUACAGUUAUUUACUUUAUAAUUUGAGUCAACACUAGCUAUCUGGUGCUGAAAGCUCUUCUUCUCACCAAGUAGAUUUGGCACCCUAAAACGUGAAUGAAUAUGGCACGUGAAUUAGAAACAUUUUCUUAAACAAUAUUGGUUAACCCAGAGAAAUACCUCUGAAAAUGUCAUAUGAAAUAACUUCAAACUAAAAUACCCUUUCCAGGUUCUUACCAACCCACCACUGCUGUUUUCUGAUGAACCAACGUCUGGUCUUGAUUCAUACAUGGCUCAGAAUUUGAUAGCAUCACUUAAGCGUUUAGCUGCUUCAGGUCGAACCAUCAUAUGUACUAUACAUCAACCCUCAUCUGAGGUCUACGCCAUGUUUGACAGGUAUCAGUAGUCAGUUAAGUGUUGCUUGUAGCUGAAUUGUAUAUUGUGUUUCAGUUGACAUCUGGCAGUGUCAUUUAGUAUGAAACAAUGGUUUUACGGUUUAAAGAGAGGUUGUUGUUCAGCACAAAAGCUUUAAGAAGACUUUGAUUGAGUCAUAUGCUCCUGGUCUGCGUAGAUCUCUUCUGAGCGAUAUACUGUAUUCUUCGCAACUUUUACCACACAAAGUACUAAAAGUAUACAAGUAUGGAAAGGACUGAUCAUUUCCACUGAACAUUUCCAACUGUCUUAAAUGAGAAAUACUUUGCCUUUUUUUUUUUCUUUUUUAAGCAUACUGCUUUUAGCUGAAGGAAAGACAGCUUACAUGGGACCAACAGCUGAAGCGAUAUCAUACUUUGAAAGGUACAAUUAGUUUUUCUCUGGGCAUCACAGGGAAAAAGAGGCUAAAAAUAAUCUGAAAACUAGCUGUCUAUUAUGCACUCACAGGCCGGGGCGGGUAGGGAGACUGGAAACAGGGUCAUCAGAAUAUAGUCAAGAUAGCAAUUUCCAGUAAAUAAUACUAACUCGCGAUGAUCAGUACCGAUUAGUUCUAAGUUAGUUGAAUUUGUUUUCCCUGGCUUGGAAGAUUUAAAAUUUGACGUACGAAAUUUGUUUAUUGUCCCAUGCAGCCUUGAGGUAACGUUACUUUUGUUGCUUGUUCAUAAGUCAGUGUCUCCUAAAAAGCUACACUUGUGAAAUGGACAAAGGUCAGAAUGACUGCCUUUUGAUAUUUUUUCAGGCUCGGGUAUCCUUGUCCAAUGAACUUUAAUCCUGCUGAUUAUUUUGUUAACACCUUGGCCAUUGUACCAGGAGAAGAAGAAGAGUCCAAGAAUAGAGUUAAAGUAAGAACUUUAUUACGAAGAGGUUGCUCUAGGUAUUACAACUUCAAUGAGUUUCCACAAUGUUAUCUUGAUGCGCCUAACUACCGAAUUAAUUAAGCUUCUUGCAGUGACGGAUCCAGGGGAGGGGCCCCCUCCCCCCUUAUUCCCCUUAUUUUUAAACCAAACUGGGGCCCCAGAGGGCCGGAAAAAAAAGGGUCUAAGGGUCCAAGGAUCUGGCUGACCCCCCCCUCACCUCACCCCAAAAAAAAAUUAUUAUUAUAAUAACAAUAGUAAUAAUAAAUAAAUCGGUAAAAAGACAUGGAAGUCGCAUUAUGAAUGGCACACUUCCAUAGACCAGGUAAUUAUAUAAAAGGUUUUAACCUUAAUAAAUACCUUUAUUGGACAUCCAGCUGAGCUGAGGCCUCUACUAUAUUUACAAGAUAUUCCAGAUAAGUACAAUAGGGACACUGUUAUAUGAUCCUUUUUUCUUAUUCUGAUAGGAAAUUUGUGAUGCAUUUAGUGAACAUGAAGCGGUAAAGGCAAAACAAGAGAAUAGCUGCAAGAUCCAGGAAAAAAGCAGAGAACUGCAGGUUUGUUUCAAGUUAUAUCAUUCGCAGUAUAGACUGAUGGCAUUUGUCAUAGUAUGGUGCUAAGCGCCUUUUCGUUUUUGUUUUGUUUCUUUUUUGUAUAAAUAGUUUUUUUUUUAAUCGCACUUGAAAUCAAUUGAAGCACCAUUUUAGUCUUAUGUAUACCCUAGUCUAUCCAAACAACCGAAAAUCUAUAUUUAGGGUGUGCGUCAUUUGUAUAGCUGUCGAGAAUAGGACCUAAAAUCAAGCCACGAAGCCAGCUGCUCUAGGCUUUCAAAUACUGGGGACUGCGUCAAGAAAAUUAAGCAGGAAAAAUAAAGAGAAGUUGUUGUCGUUGUUGUGGUGGGGAGUGGCUACAACCCUGCACGCAACCACUGUACUUAGAUGUUACAGCUCAGUAUUUGUAACCCAUAACACAUGAGACAAUGUUCUCUCUUUCUUUUUCUAACUCUUAUCUCCUUCGACACGUACUGAAAUGACAGUUUUAUUCUCUUCAUUUCAGGGUGAUGUCAUUUUUAGCAAACGCUCACCGUAAGUGCUUCUAAAGAAUUAAACAUGUGAUGAUUUCCAGUAUUUGUGUAAUCAUGAUUAGAAUUGAAUAAGUAACAUAAGUAACUGGAAUUUGCAUUUUUUAGGUACAAGGUGUCUUGGUGUCGACAGUUAAUGGCAGUGUUAUGGCGUUCAUGGACCACUAACAAGCGCGACUCUCUUAUUUUUAGAAUAAAAAUAUUCCGCGCCAUUGUAAGUAUGCAGACAAUCCGCUGGAUAUUUAUAGCAACCGGACCAAUUUUUUUGGCGAGUGGUUGUGGGUCAACAACUGUUUGCUCUUGAGAUUCAUUGAUAGAUGAAGUAACCUAGAAUAAAGCUUUGUCGACCCAUGUAAGGAAAUCCGGAAUCCAAGACUGUUUGCUUGCGGAAAAACUUUGCUUGUAAAAUCUGAAAUUCUAACUUUGGAAUCUGGAAUACAGCUCAAGGAUUCCGGAAUCCACUGGCAAUUGGUAUGCGGAAUCCAAGUUCCCGCGCCCAAGAAUCUCAAAUCCAGCACCUGGAAUCCGGCAUCCACGGCGUGGAAUACAAAAUCCAAGACUAUCUUAGAUUCCUUUCCAUGGAGCGAGCUUUGACUCAGUUGAACACCUAAGUGACUGUAGCAUUUACUACAUGUAUUCACUGACGCAGGUUCUCUGAUGAGCGCUUAAAAGCUGAAAAUUAUAAAGUCAGCUUUAAUUUUAAUUCUGUAGAAUUCAGCGUUUUCUUUAUCAUAUAACCAUAUUUUAUUAUUCUUAUAGCAUUCACUAUAGCAUUCACUCUACUAUUACCAAACACAAUUUUACAUUUAUUUUAUUCAUUUUUAUUAAUUUUUUUGCAGUUCACGGGAUUGCUUGCAGGAUUGAUUUACUUGCAAAUCCCAUACAACCAAGAUGGAAUCCAAGACAUUGCAGGGGCCUAUUUCUUUCUUGUAGUAUCGAUCUCAUUUUCAAGCCUGUAUGGAGUACUGUUUGUGAGUAUUUAAAUCAAUGGUGAUCAAUAGUGAUUUGUCAAAAUGGCGUAUGCAUAUUUUUUUUUGUCAAUAGUCCAUUUUCGAGUUCGCUAAGACCGCUGAAUUAGACCCUGUUUACAUGGAGUGGGGGACCCCGGUCUAGUGGGGUAAGUUUCCUUUGUUUUGUGUCCCCCAGAGCGUGAAAACAAAAGAAACUUACCCCACUAGACCGGGGUCCCCCACUCCAUGUAAACAAGGUCUUAAAGAAGUCAGAGCGCAUUUUUUACAGCCUUAGCCUCCAUCUAAAGUAAUAUAUUCACAAAUUCCAACGCGAAAAAGACCUGUUUAUUAUAAUUAUACAAACAUUAACCACAAAGGACUUCAAAGAACCGCAAACGAAUAUGCCGAAGAACGUAGGAUCUAUAAGACCUGAUCAGCAAAAAUAAAAUGUAGACAUAUCAAAUUCUGCAUUGCAUUGCAGCAUUGCAUCAGCAUUGCAGUAUUCUGCUUGUAGAAUUUAAUAUGUCUGUUAAUUAUAUGUCUAUUGUGUAUAUUCAAAUUUCAAACGCUUACUUGCCAGAAUUUCUGAAUAUUUUACUUUACAUCGAGGCUAACCCUGUAUGAAUGUGUCGUUAAUGUUUGUAUUGAGCGGUAAUUUUUAACUGGACUAUUUACAAACCAGCCAUUAUGACUGAAAGUGCAACUUCCCAAAGGAUAUUGAUAAAAAGAUACAUUUUAUGAAUGUUUUAUGAAGUACUAGUUGCCUUGAUUGCUGCUGUAUGCCCCAAGGCCAAGUUCCACAGCUCUCGCCAGAUUCCAAAGGGCUAACAGGAGAUUCCUUAAACGUGAACAUGGAAACCACACGGGCAUAGAAAAUUGGUAAACCUUAAAUGUGGCAAAAAUGGCAAACGGAAAGUUGAGUUUUGAGUAACAUUCUUGACUUUUAAGAAACACUGAAAAAAAAUUCCCGGACAGACAAUUGAAAAUGAAUUCAGACCGUAAAGAAUUAGGUCUCCUGGGACUCUUUCAAACUCCCCAUCAAAAUGUUGGAGAUUUGGAUCCUCUUCUAACUGAUAAAUGUCUUUUUUAAAAGGUAUUUCCAGCAGAGCUGCCAGUGUUUUUGCGAGAACAUAAAAACGGGAUGUACAGAACAGACGUGUACUACCUGGCAAAAACAUUAGCAGAGGUAGGUUUAUCCCUGAAAUGGUAUAAUUCACCAACUAUGGAAUUCCUCGUCAUCAUCAUUGGCAGAAAAAUCCUACGCACGCAGCCGUUUUGUGUCUUCAAAUGUAACGACUCAAUGAAAGGCUUUGGAAGACUAUUCCUUCAGUUACUCACAGUCAAGUUAGGCGUCUAGCGUACCCCAUACUUAAUUGCUAGGUAGCUAUUGUUUUGUGGUACGGAUAGUAUGAUUUCGGUAUCUUUUCAAUCAUUUGUAUAUUACGUCACUUAGUGAUAGCAACACAAAGAAACUACCUAGCACAUUCACGAUGUGCGAACCAAACUGCACUACCAGUUCCGGUCCCUGGCAACCAUGAAUUAGUCUCUACAGUUCCCUGCUAGUAGAUAGGUCCAUAGCAGUCCUUCAUUAACCCUAACAUGGGAAUUUUGGGUUUUUAAAGAUGCCACUUUAAAGAAUGAAUUGAAAUAGCCUAUUGUGCAGUUCGGUGUUUCGGUGGUCAUAGAGCUCUAGUAUCGCGGGCGCCUUCUGUGAACCUCCGCUUCCCAGGUCUCUCGGAGUCGUCAGAACUAAACGUUACGGUAUCAAAACUUUACCAAGACUUCCGUUGCGUUUAAAGAAUAUGACCUAUAUAUGAUUGUUUGCCGAAUAAGGAUUAAUUUCUUCUUAUCUGAAUAAACCUCUUAAAAUUAUAAAGGAUAGCUUUUCAUGUGUCCGAGAGUAUAGAAUGAACACCUUUUCAGACAAUAUGCCGCAAGAAACCUAUUCGAUAUAUAUGUAAGGUAUAACAUUCCCCUGUUAAGAUAGGCGAAGUGCAUGCAGCUUUACUCCCUUCAGAAACAGUGCCAAAUCACUGUUUUUAUGAUCUAUCCGAUCAUAUGGAUUUCGAAGCAACCCAAAGCUAUCAGGUAUAGUUUUGAUGUAUAGCCCUGUACUAUGUUUCUAUUUUGUUUAAACUAUCAUGUGUUUCUGUUGCAUUACAGAUACCCAUUUUCAUUGUUUCUACUUUAUUACUGACUGUUAUCUCCUAUUGGAUGAUUGGUGAGUGCCCUUUCUUUUCCUUAAUUCAUUGUUAAACAAAGUUUUGAGAAAAGUGCAGCUUUAACGUUCGGAAAAAAAACAAUAUGCAAAUCAUUGAGAAACACUAUACUUAUCAUAUGAAUCGCUCUGAUGAAGACCUGGAAUCGUGCGAAAUAACACACAAAAUUAUGGUCUCAAAAGUGUAAAACUUCAUCUUAAAAAGAUUGUAACGCUCAUUUGAAUAUCGACUUGAAUUUUCACAGGUUUCCGAGAUGACUUUCUCCAUUUCCUUGUGUGUUGUGGUAUCAUGUGUCUUGUUACAAACGUCGCUGUUUCGUUCGGUGAGUGAUUCCUGAUUGAUUUUUUGAUUACGGUUUCGAUUAAGUGGUUCAAUAGUUCGACUGUCAGUUGUUUACUGUUGUAUUCAUCUUCCGUCACAGAAUGAGUUUAAAAUCAUAUUUUCCAUUCAAGCUAGACUCGGUCUCAGGCCAAUGGGACGGUGUCUCAAUGCAUCCGCGACGUGAGGUUUGGAGAAUCGCGGGUGCAUUGGGUAUCCAUGGCAAGAGACUGAGCCUACAUCCAAGCCAUUGUCCAAAGGCCACCUUUCGCUCUACGAGUGUGCGGAGGAGGGUUGAAACAGACCGCACUGGUGCAUGGGAUACAAGGAUCCAUUUACAAAGCAGAUAAAACUGAUUACAGGACAAAGGAAAUAUUUUCGUCAUCAGUUGAGCAUAUUUGUUCCGGCCGAGGAUCAAACCCACGACAUCCGCUUCACAGUCCAAAGCGGUUUACAAGCUUGACGUUAGCUGAGUAUUUUGCUUGCUUGUUUCUAUAGGUUAUAUUGUAUCAACGAUGGCGCCGACCGUCACUGCAGCCACAUCCCUUGGUACACCCCUCAGCUUACCCCUUCUAAUUUUCGGCGGGUUCUUCCUCAAGAAUACGUAAGCAAAGAAAAUCCAAUGUUCAUUUGUCUUUUUUUUUUUUUUUUUUUUUUUUACCUGAAAUACAUGUAUGUAAAGUGAAGUUCAAGACAAUAAUGUGAUUACCUGAGUGUUUUUUUAAAGCCUUGAACAUCAAGGUAAUUUAUGUUUUCACCCGUUCCUUUCAUAACAGUUCUGUACCUGUUUAUUUUGUUUGGCUCAAGUACAUAUCAUGGUUUAUGUACGGCUAUGAGGCUCUUAUCAUCAAUCAGUGGAAAGAUUACGGUCAGAUAGGUACGUAGUCUCUCUGGUACCUCAGAGUAAUUGUCGAUAGAUAUGUUUUUCCCCUCAUUUUGCACAUGACCGAGGCAGGGUUAGCUCUGUCACCAUACAGGACUGGCCUGUAGAGGGGCAGUUCGCAGGCUCGGUUCCGAGGCCGGACCAAAACUCAGCGUCUUAACUAAAACGGUACCGCCUUUGCCCUGUAAACGGCUACACCUUCACGUGACCAGGGGUGGUUUCGCCUCCAGUAGGAAGCGUACAAAACGAUAGAACAUUUUCGAUAUAUUAAAAUUCAUACUUGGCUCCGAGGCCUGGGGGAAGAAAACAAAAGAAUUGCAUUAUUCAUUGCUGAGCCUCAAGAUGAUUCCCUCAACCCUGCAGCCAAGUACAUCGGAAUUGGUCUAUUUCCUUUAAUAGUAUUUGCGCGCUAAUUUUUGUGAUCUCAUCUACCUAGAGAAAAGUUAAUAUUUUUGCUCAGCUCAACCACUUCAAAAAUCAGCUAAAGGAACCGUCUAAAGAAUAUUCAUGAGACCUCUCUGAUAAAAGGGGCCGGCUCGAUGCCCGCGGCUCGAUGCUGUUCACUCUUAUUCAUGCAAUUCCCAACAAUCACUGACUAAUAAUUCAAACUAUAAGCAUAAUAAAGGAGGCUUAAUUGUCCUGCCGUUAUAAAAGGUAUAUAAGAAGAUUCUGAUGACAAGACGCGUAGCAUGGUUUGAAUCGCGUUGCCUUCCUUUUCUAUAGGAUGUUCAACGAAUACGACCAGAUUGUCAUCAGGAGGGGAUGGAACGUUUUGUAUAGCAAAUGGUGAUGAGGCAAUCAAGUUCCUUGGUUUUGAACCUGUAAGUACUUAGCACGCCGGAACCUUUUUCUUUCUUAUUCGAAUCUUAUUUUUUAGCUCGAGACGCAGUCGGUUAUUCACCAAACUUUGACUACAGAUAAAGAGGAAGUAAGCAAGCGUGAGAACGUGGUAUCCAUUCACUUUCUAGCCUGCGUCACCCUGUCGGUGAAUGCAGAAGAGCGAAAAAAAGUGUCGUGAAAAGAAAAAGCAAGCGAACGUUAAACGACCCCAGACUGCGUCCAACAAGCUCCGUUAUUUCUUGUAGCCUGGAACAGGCUAUUUUCCUUUUCUCGCAAGCUUCUGCUAUGCAGGUUUCUCCAAAGCAGUGACGUCUAAUAAAGGCAAAAUAUAGUUAUUCAACUACGAGUCUUACGUUCAGUACCCUGGAGGUUGGAUGAGUCAAGGGGAUGCUGUUACUUCGAGCAUUCAUAGCAUAUUAGUAUCAAACCAACUUAACAGCGUAUGCGGUAAAAACGCUUGAACUAAAAAAAAAAGGUUCAUUUAAUAUUUCCUACUUUAAAAAUAAUCCAAACAAGGACUUGUAUGCCUUUUUUUUUUUUUGGAAAAACUCUAUUUUUCCAUCACUAAUCCGCGCUGAGCUAAAUUAUUUGGGUAGCAUAGGCCAGGUCAUGCUUCUUUGUCCACGCUGUCCUCAUAUUCUGUUCUUUUUCUCUAUUCUGCGAAAAGCACAGUGCAACUCACGACAACUCCUUAUUAUCUCAUUGACCUUUGUUUUUGUUUUUGUUUGUUUUUUGUUUAUUUUUAGGACAAUAUCCUUUUUGACAUCUUCUGCCUCAUAGCGCUAAUGGUUGGAUUCCGAAUCAUUUCUUUCCUAUUUUUGUUGAGGAGAGCUAACAAGAAACAAUGAUCACUUCAAUGACUAAAAACAGCAAGCAGAUCUUACUAGAGCAGCUAAAGUCGAAAACAACAUAGUUGAUUAUUUUAGUUCUUAGAAUACAGAUUUAAACCCGUACAAAAUUUAGUCUGUAAAUAUUAUCAAAGCCAUGAAGUUAUUAUCGUUAUUUUUUUUUUAUUUUUAUCCACUGGACUCGAUCGUUUGAGCCGUCAUAUGAACAGAAUAGUUUACAUGCAGCAACACCUGUACAGAAUAGUUAACAUGCAGCAACGCCUCAAGUUUUUUUCUCUAGACAAGUCAUUUGAAUGAGGCUUACAUUUUUUUUCCUUCAUACACGCGUUGACCCUCAGACGUACCGCUCGACAAAGCAAAUACCAGUAGAAAAAAAUAUAUAUACAUUAGCGGCGGAUCCAGGAAAGGAGCGCGGCGCACACACAAAAAUAUUUAGACCAAGCUGGGCCUCGAAAGGUGUAGAAAAUCGCUUUGAGAGUAGCUUUAACCUUUUAACCCCUUAAUUCCGAGAACUGAUUGGCAUAUAACGUCUCCUUUUUAUAUCCAAUACAUUGUCCAACAGAUAGGUGGUGAGAAUAGGCAAAUGUAUCAGCCAAAGGUUACCAUACUGAUAUAACCCCAAAUUCUCUUAACGAAUACACAAUAAAUGUAUAGCAGCCAAAAACUAGAAUUACUGGUCAGAUCUUGGGAGUCAAUUAUAGGGUUAAAAGCUUUCUGUUUAUGAUCUAACUGCGGUUAUGAUCUUAAUUUAAUAAUUUGUUGGACUCUCUAUAGGCUUUUGUAAUAAACUGAAAGGUACUUAUUUUAUUAUAUUAUUAUUUCUAUGACAUAGGUAAUCAUUUACAUUACGACGUAUAAGGGUAAAAUAGUCUGUGGUCAGCAGAACAUGUAGAGAUCGUUGUAAAUAAGAAAAAGACUUUAAAAAAAAAAAUAAACUGCAAUUAUUAAACCACCACAUGAGCAAAACACAUAACUAAAGAGCCCAUUUUACAGUUAUGGGUAGAAACAAAGUGGUGGUUGACCUUGUUUUGAUACAACCCUUCCCGCUUUAUUUUGUAAAUCAUAUUGUUCUUAUAACUAACAAACAUAAUUUCCAUAAGAAAACAAAGGAAGUUUGUAUCAAAAUAAGGCUAACCUUAACCUCACAUUCAACCGAAGGCUAGGAUACUAAGCCCACAAACGUUAUAUAGUCUAUUGCAAGCAAAAACAAAAACUUCAUUACGUAGUCCUUUAGAGCGUAUAACGAAUGAACGAGGUUUCUUGAACAUGAUAAAACUCGAUACAAAAAAGCCUCGCGGGUAAGCGCUUUAGAUUAACACUUGUUUUCGCACAGACAGAAAAGUCAGUACGUCGCUCAUAGGAGCCUGAGGGAUUAUGGAAAAAGCUAAGGUACACACAAAGGGGUGGUGGGGAGGUCGUACCAAACUUGCCCCGUGCUCGACUGUAAUCCACAACACGCGGCAUUCCCCAACCCGUUAUACGAAAUAUGCGACGUCUUAAAUGCAGUAAUUCUUUUGGCCUAUCAUUCCCCUGCUCCUACACUUCCCAUUUACUAGUAGAGACCUCUAGAUUCUAAGACGAGGAGGACUAAGUAGUGCUCGCGCUUGAAGCAGCGUCAUUUUGGCGGGCAACUGUGAUAGCCGUUGUCACUAUGAGUUUUAGCAAAUGUCGCAGUGGCGAAACAAGUUAUCAAAUGUUAGAGGUUUUAGCAUUUUGCACCCGGGAAAGGCUUUAACCUUCUUCAAUAAAGGUAACUGUACUUAUUUCUUGGAUGAAAAAAAAGCACAAUUAAGCUUUUCCAGGAAUCCAUUUUUUAGGAAUACGCGAGAAAUAUUUUCAGUCAACACGUUCACGUAGUCGUUGUCGUCUUCGAAUCUAAAGGUCUCCAGUGUUAGGAAUUCGAAUUAAACAAGAUAUGAUGUAGUAAGACCUGACACACAAACUCUAAAGCCUGGAUUUCACUAGCGCAUAAGCGUAAGCAUAAGCACAAGCACGUGAGUAAGCAAGUGGAAACUGGGUCGACAAAAGCAUAAGCAAAGCACAAGAAAAACGGACAAGUUCGUUCUUCUUGUGCUUACGCUUAUGUCGUAACUUUGACUAGCGCAAGCAUAAACACAAGGUCAUGUGUAAGCAGUGAGCGUCUAGUGGUUUUGAUAUUGUUUUUGUUUUGGUGUCGCAGGUAUAACUAAACAGUUUUAUCCCGCUUUAACUGUAUACUGCUUUAACUCUCACAUGGAACAUAUAUAGCACUUCAAAACCUCUCUGACAGUACCACCGUCCUGAACUACAGUAAUCUUAUUAUCAGUGACAACAUCGCCUUCAUCAUCAUCAUCAUCAUCAUUACCUCUGCCAAUACUGCCGUGGUCGUCGUCGUCAUCAUCAUCAUUAUCAUCAUCAUCAUCAUCAUCCUUUACAUCAUCGUCAUCGUCAUUCUCAUCAUUAUCUUCGCUCUGCAGUACAGCAGUGUAACCAUCUCUUGCAUCCCACUUAUCUCCGUUCAUAAUGCAAAAGUUGUGAAGUACUGCACAGACUGUUGUAGUUUUAACAGAAAAGCUCAUACUGUUGGUGUCCAAUCGCUUCGCUAAAAUCCCCCAUCGGCUUGUCAAAACUCCGAGAGCACAUUCAACAGGUAAUCUGGCAGCAGAUAGCUCUUUGUUAAACGCAAUCUCUUCUUGAUCCUCUGUUGAGACUGGAAAAGGUUUCAGUAGCCAUGACCUGAGUGGAUGUGUGUUGGCUCCGACGAGAUAAGGCCUAAUAUUUUGACUCCCAAGCUGAGCAGUGGGGUUUGCAAGGAUUUCACCUUCCUCCGCACGUUUGUACAAUGUGCUAUUUCUUAGGAUUCGCGAGUCGUGCAGACUUCCAGGAAAUCCGGCCGCGAAAUCUAAGAACAUCUUCCUACCAUCGACAACACCUUGAACUAUAAAAUCAUAUUGCUGAUAUCGACUGAAAUAGUCUAUGGCGCUUUCCGCGGGUGGCUUUAUCUGAAUAUGAGAGCAACCAAUCGCUCCAACAACAUUUGGAAGAUUACUCAGUGCCGAGAAUUUUUCAGUGCAGGAUCUGGUCUCUUCUGUGCUUGCUGGAAAUUUUAUAAGUUCGUUUCUUAGUUCAAACAAGGCUUCAGUGACAUCUUGAAUUGCCUCAACCGCCUUACUCUUACCAACACCGAAACUGGCGCCGAUAUUAGUGUACGUGAAUCCAUGUGCCAGACGAUAAAUUCCGAUAGCGAGAACCUUUUCGGGAGGAAUCCUGUCACGCAAUGCGGUGUCUUGUCUCGAGAGUUGUGUACGAAGCAGAUUGAGAAGCGCAUCAAAAGUACACCUUUUCAUUCGAAGCUGUCUUUUGAAGAACUUGUCCGGGAUUUCUUGAUUUGUCAAGUACGUUUCAAACCACAGUUUGGCAGAUGGUCGCGACAAUCGACAGCGACGAUACUGAUUAUGUCUUCGGGAUCGUCGUCUUUGUUGGCGUUUUCGCUCCAUCGUCUGACGACCAAAUUCUAACAAUAUCAGCUGCAUAUUUAGGCUAUGAAGUCUGUGUAUGCAAAAGAGAUUGAACAUAUUUGUCAUGUUAACCUGCAUACAGGUUAAAAGACAUAACAUACCAAGCAGAGCGGCAAUUGUUUCGCGACGUUCCAUGUUAGCGAGCAAGAAAUCAGCUGUAGCGUGACAUACUCCCGGUAGGUACUUUAAGUAGGGUUAUUUUAGUGUCUAGCGGUAGUCGCUGACAUGCAGGGGAAAAAGAGAUGCCUCUUAGGGGUUGUUCAAAGCUAUUUCAGUUACAAGUCAGUUUUGUUGUUGUUGUUGGUUUUUUUUUUUCUUUCAAAUUACGAGGACACAGAUAUGCCAGUACUUUCCCUUACACUUUAAGGUAUAAAGUUAUUGCAACUAAGGGAUGCAAAAGAAAAGAAAAAUUUCUGAGCUCGAGAUGAAAUUCGAACUCACGACCCUUCGAGUUCUGAUCAAUUCUAGAUGAAUGGCAUCGCACGAUCUUCCUUGCGACAAUUUUUUUAAACAAUUUUUGAUGGCAUCACAAAGCCCUCACUCCCGUCAGCCUGUCCGUUUUACAUAAGUAAUACAUGUAUAUGAACUAUGAAUGCAAUUAUGGCUCAGUUACUUCCAAAGGUGCCCUCCCUCCCCGGACUCCCCGGGCAUUUGUCGGCAGGGACCGACAAGAUGAUAAAUGCCCGACAAAUGCCUGGAGAGGUGGGGUGGGCACGCUUGAAAUUGACUGAGCCAUUACUUUACUUUAAAUUAUUGCAAUUAUUAGGGCUCACAAACAAAGAAAAUGCGUGGAUUGGAUAUACCAGUUCCUCUAUUUUAUUAUUAUUAUUAUUUUUAUUAUUUUUUUUUUUUUCAAAUUGCACGCCGGUGAAUUUAAAAUAGCCCAAACAAAAGCCCAAAGGGGCGGACACCUCUCGUACGCACACUUUGCUUGUCUUUGCGUUCACAUAGCUGAUACUGUUUGAAAUGAUUAUCCAAUUCUUUCAGAUACUAAAACAAACAAAGAAGAAACGAUAGGAAAUGGCGCUGCUCAUGUCUGUAACCUGCGUGGCAAGUGCAAAAAAAGGGGGAAGGGAGAGGGAGAAAAGCGCGAAUCUCGGCCCCUCCGAUCCUUUUUCACUCCUUUCCCCUCCCUUUUCGACGCCUGCCACGCAGGCUUAAAACAUCUCGGGUCCAAACCCAAAUUUAAAAGAAAAAAAUCUGGCCUAUUUUUGAAGCCAUUCUGGUAUAUUAAACACUCUUUUUGACGGUGCAUUCGGCUCUUAUUCGAUGUAAAAACCUGCGAAAAUCACGAGUGACGUAAAACAAUUAAUACAAAGAAGCCAGAAAGAAGUCAACACAAUAGAGCCAAGGAAAAUAAUGGCUAGAAAACAAGGUAAAACUUUACUGGUUUUUGCACCGAGGGUGAUCCGUGCAUUCCUAGGGUUUCAUGGCCCUGUUGCCGGACGAGAGUGUUUUCAACCCGGGAGGGGAGAAGGAGUACUUGGGUUAAUUGAUGGUAUGUGCCGCCGGUCUCUCAGAACCCCUACCCAUUAUAACAUUAUAGUCUAGUCUGUGGCCAAAUAUAGACCCCAUGUUAGUCACUUUUAGGAAAAUGUAAUUUUCGCGAUCGCAACUUAGUAACCGCCUGUCUUUUUAUGCAUCUACUUCAAAAAAGCCUUUUAGCAAGGUAGGUCAUCCUAUAAAUUGACACAUUGGUUAAACUUAAUGCAGUAAAAAUCGCUCCAUUUUUAAAUCCUUACCUACCUGAAUUCUCUGAUCCCCCAGAUCCCAAAAAUGUACGAUCCUAUUCUAGUAACUCUAAUAAAAAUGCAGCCCCAUUAUAGUCAAUCCAGUCGUGAAAAUGCAACCCCAUACAGCGACACAUCCCCAUUAGCCUAUUACUAGGACAUAUUCCCCCCCCCCCGGAGGAGUUUACAAUCACGCUGGAACCACUCAUUUUGAGGACAAACAAAAUCCAUGUGCAUUUUUUGAAUCUGCAAUGAUGAAGGAAGAAAACAAAGAGCCAGCAGCAUAAAUGAUUUGAUACGUUUUUUUUUGAGCCAGUUAUGCCCUGGGGACCAAGUUGGCGUUAUUUAAGUGACAUAACAUGACCUCUCGCAAGAAGCCGAAAUUUAAGUAGCACUGUCUUGCUUGACCGGCUGCUACCGCUGUGGGAGUGCGUCCUGGAGGAUCGAGAAGCAAAGAAACCACAGUCAAGUAGGUUUAACCAUGGGUAAAGGAGACGAAAGCAAGGAGUCCCUGCUUCCCCGUAGAAACAAUCCCAGGAGAAUGGGAUAUUCAACAUUUGACCCUGGAGCUUCUGUGGACAGUGGGCUUUCGUUCAGUGCGGAGGAAGGACAAGAUGUAGCACAAAUUUCUAGCCAAAUAAUCACCGAAGAAGCGAGGGAAAGGGUAUCAAUUUCAUGGCAAAACAUCGACGUUUUUGCAGAAGUGCCUGGACCUUCCUUCUUGAAACGACUGUGUUUUGGGACCAAGGAGAAUGAGCAACCGAAAACCAAGCAAAUUCUAUUCAAAGGUUAGUAAAUACGUGUAUUUAACUCAACUUUUUAAUCGACGGUUUGGAUAAUAGUAUGAUCUUAUGAAUAUUCAAAACAAUUGUGCUAAGAAUUACUCCAGACUCUUGAAUAUGAUUAUUAGACUUGUGCUGUUCGAGUUCCGGACAUGUAUAUUUGUCAGAUAUAUUCGAUAUUGAUAUACGUGUAUAUAUCCCCCCCUGUAGAGAUUAUGUAUGGUCACUCAAUUUAAGUGCUUUUAUCCCGAAACGUGACCAUGCAUUCUGUAUUCUCCAAAGACCUCUUUGGCUUGGGUAUGUUUUGCUUUCCCAGUGAAGGUCUCAGGGGAAUUUGCUGGUUUGCCUUUUCAUAAAAUAGGCAUACAUAUUAUGCAGGAGAAUAAGACAACAUAUGAAACAGUUUUCUAGAGUUUUAUCACAUGACCUAUAUUGGGUUAACAAAGCACUUUAGAGAAAAGAGAUCUAAUUCGGUUCUAUCCUAUUAUAAGGUCGUAUAAUGUAUCCAAGUUACCUUUCUUGUUAGAUUUUCACUUGACGAGCGGUCUGUAAAUCGUUUAUUUCAACUUGAAAGGCUCUUAGCAGUAAGCACAUCAUGUGGGAAGUGCCUUAUGAGAUAGGUGCGGAUAUGCUUGUCGCAAAACAAGAGUGCAACAAAAGGAGACUAGUUUUAACUCCUAAAUACCAAUGAAAGACAAACCGAUUCAGUUCAAAGAGCUAUGGUUAUUUUCAACGGCCAUAAAGAAGUUGUAAUUGAGCGCUUUCUUCUUUUCUUAUUCCAUAUUAAUUUGACCACGAGAAAUAUUGUCCCUAAUGGAUAGUAGAGCGCGCGGUUCCUCGCGAGUGUCAAUAGAUUGUCACGCGCGCUCGAGUAAUCCACUCUCUACUAUGGGAAAAUGCUGGACUCCUAUAUGAUUUUCUAUGUUUAUUCUCGCACAGUUUUGAGCGUUCCCAUGGCUAAAUAUAUUGCUACUCUGUCCGUUACUUUCCAAAUGAUAUAUUAUUUUUAAUUGACAUCCCCCGGAACGAGACGACCAGAUUCCCUUCUUCAUUUCAUACCAGCGCCCCCCGGAUAGGACAUUCACUUCAGUGAUGUGUUAUGACUUGUAUCCUGUGAACGCUUGAGAUGCUAAAGAGAAUUAAGACUUUCCUCUUAAACAUAGAAAAGACUCGUCAUAAUGCCAUAUGGUCUAUUAUUCUAAAAAAACUUUGACACAUGUGUUUGUUUACAGUUUAGGAGCAAAGGCAAAAAAUUUCCUGCAUUCGCCUUUUAAAACUUUAAUUGCGUGACUCGUAGAUGUGAUCCAACUAACCACAUACCUUCCGGUCACACUCGCGGUAGAAAUCAUCUCCAACGCUGUUCCCCGUUCUCACGGGUUGUAAAAUUUUAUUUCGAACACAGUUUGUACGGUUCGCACUGUUGGUGACAGCAACCAAAACGUGUUUCAAGGUGACGGCUGGGCUUUCUAAUAUUUCUGAAUUCAACACAUUGCAAAACAUUAAACUCACAGCAAUCAACAUUAAAAUUCUCCGCCUAAACCGAGAAAAGUGCUUUAAAUAGUCGACCACAAAGAUCAAGUUGUGAAAACGUUGUUUCCUGAAGGGACAAUCCGCAAAACCGCGAUUGCAUUUGAUCACCUUUCCUUGCUCGGGACCGCUUUCAGUACUCUCCAUACUCUUAUAAAGAAUAGCGGCGGAUCUUCUGAAGUUUAGUAACGUUAACGCUGCCUUCUGUUAUUAAGCAAGCAAGCAUUGCCAUGCUUGGCUAGUCACAUUUUACGCGAGCUAGGAACGUGCCAAAUGAACAAAAAUAAGCCAAGCAAGCGCGGUUUUAGCGCGAGCGUGACCGAGGAGAUGCAACAUAAGCUUGCACCCUUUCAAUUAUAUGACAGACAUUUCUGCAUGCCUGAGGAGACAGUCGACAUUUCGCGGCGCUACCAUGCAUUCGGUUUCCCCCAAGAAAAUUAAGGGGGAGUUUACAUGAGAAAACUCGCACCGGCGCGAGUUUCAUACCGGGAUGACUUUUUAUUUCGUAUCGCGUUAUGAUUGGGUCAUUUCAUAUCUCGUUAUUUGAAGGUACACUUCAUUUUGAUCAAAUACACGUAAGAUUCAAAAUCGGAAACAUUACGAAUGCGCUACCCGUUCCAGUCUACCGGUAGACCGAUUUCACACCGUUGCGAGAUUUCGUACCGGAGUGAAAUUCUCGCCCUGGUACAACAAACGGGGUGAACUCACGCCUGGGUGACUCGCGCCGGAAUGACAUUUUGUGGUGGUAUCAUAUAAACAAAUGUAGGGCCAUUAGAGGGAACCGGAGUGAACUCACUCCUGUGCGAAAGUUGCCCCGGUGUCAUAUAAACAGCCCCUAAGUCUGAGGAACGAGGACAGAAAUUUCCUGCUGAUGACGUGUCACUACCCUGAUCUGGGUAGUGCUUCUGACUGGUCGUGCAGCGAGGAAAAUUUGCUUCAACCAAUCAGAAGCAUUAACCAGAUUUGGGUAGUGACAUGACGCCUCAUCAGUAAGGAAUUUCUGUGGUACUUCCCCGGACGUCAUUUCACGGGGUAACCAGGGUAAACAGGGGUGGUGUCGCGAAAUGCCGGCUGUUUACUCAGUGGCUGCGAUGUAUUACAAGCCAUUUGUACAUUUGUUGGAUAAGCAAUUACAGCAGAAAAGUAAUUUCGUUUGAACUACAGCUGUCGGGCAAAGAAGAAUGUUUGAAAUUAAUUAACAUGCGAUGAAUUAUUUUGCUUUCCUUCUCUAGUCAGCGGAAGGGUCGAAGCCGGCUGUUUGUUAGCUGUUAUGGGCGCAAGGUGAGGACAGCUUUUCAGCCUUUAAAAGCCUUUUAACCCUUUAGAAGCCAAGAGUGAUCAAUGUCAAUUUUCUCCUCUCGACAUCAACACAUAAUCACCAGAAAAGGUCACGAGAAUCAAUUAAAUGGUUGCCAAUAGCAAAAUACUUUAACCCUUACAAAAUUCUCUCAAAUAAUUCUUCGAGGAAAAUUUUAGUUGAAGAUUUUGGUGCUUAAAGGGUUUAUUUAUCUUACUCUCCUCUUCCUUUUUUUGUUUAUUAGUUUGUUCAUAUUUACUUUGUUUACUUUGAAACGCGACUUCAGUUUUAGUUUGUAAUUAUUCUAUUUUUUUUUUUUUUUAACCAUCGCAUUUUUUUAAUUACUUCCGCUUGAAUAUUGUUUCAGGACCUCUCUAGUCUGUGAUGUAGUCAGGAUAAAUUUGUUAGUUGAAGUAAAAUCAAACGAUGUUUCGGUGUCAUAGUGACGCUCGCAUUUCCAAUUUCAAAAAAGUAUUUUGUAAAUAUUUAAAAUAGUGCAUGCGAUUAAAAAGAUGCACUGACCGGGAAUCGAACCCGGGCCUCCCGCGUGGCAGGCGAGAAUUCUACCACUGAACCACCAGUGCAACUCGCGGUUUGAAAAGAUGCUCAGGAAAUAGUUCAAUGAAGAUAGCGCAAAGCAAACAAACAAAACGAAACAAAGCAAAAAUGCUUGGCUUCUGCUGAUAUAUGUGGGAAACUUAAAACUAAUUGAACAAAGUCCGGUAAUUUUAUUAAAAGAAACAAAGCCCGGAGAAUCCUUCCGACUUACCUUUCAUACUUCUUUACAAACCACUGAUAAAAAUGAUCUUAUUUGUUUGCUUGAUUUUUAAUUCCUUUACAGGUACCAUAAUCAUUCGUGCAGAUUUGUCCUGUAGUGAAGUAUGUGAAUUAUUUUAAAAUUAUAGAAAAUUUAUGUAUAAUCUCAAAAAAACCCCGCACUCUUAUAACCAAGCACUGGUGGUUCAGUGGUAGAAUUCUCGCCUGCCACGCGGGAGGCCCGGGUUCGAUUCCCGGCCAGUGCAUAAAUUUUUCUUUUCUCUCUCCACUUUUAAAUUUGCGCUUCAAGCCACGGUACGUGUAAAACGGGUGACAAAAACGUGAAACUUAUUUUUUAAAAUUGCUGCAAAACUAGUUGAAGAGAGAUAUUACGCAUUUUACCAACCACGUUCAAAUCUGGUUGUUCCAAGUUUCGUGAAUACGGCCUUCUGAUUGGAUAAAAUUACGCAAGAGUCACACGAUAUACGGGAGUUAGGUCACUUCCAUAUCACUAAAAAUCACUGAAACAAGGUUUGAUUCAGAGCCCAUUUAUUAUUUUUGAAUAAACAAUAUGUUUGCAGUCUGCGUGCCACACUUGCACUUGAACACUUUAAUUAUAAUAAAUAAUUAUAAUAAAUUAAGCGCUCAUCUUUUAUCCAGUUAUGAAUAUCUCGUAAACCUGUCGAUAUCAGUCGUUGUACUUCGUGCAUACGCCUUAAAUAAAUGUAUAACAAUGAGCCCAAGGUCUCUCCCGCGACCUUAAGGCAAAUUCAAAAGUGGAGAAAAAAAAAAUUGAUCUGCGCUGGCCGGGAAUCGAACCCGGGCCUCCCGCGUGGCAGGCGAGAAUUCUACCACUGAACCACCAGUGCUCGGCUAUAUCAGUAGACAAUUUGUUUUGAUGAUAUCAGAAACUUUUAUACAAUUGUAAUAAUUGACAUGGUUCAAUACUGAACAAAUCUGCGCGCGGAAUAAUUCUAGUAAACCGUCCGUGUGUGGGGGAAGGGGGUGGGGAGGGUGAGGCAGCGGCUCCACCCGAAAGGGGCACCAUUUUCAGACUUUUGGUCUGUGAAAGGGUCGGGAUUUGUCUUGUUAAAGUAUCUGAAAGGGGAGGGAAAUCUGUCAGGCAUUUUGACAGGUAAACUGAGGUCUUAAAGAGCCAACAGAUGCUUUAUAUUUCUGUGAAAUAAAGUAAAGGAAACGUUCUGGGUUUGUUGGAAAAUUUCAGAUGUUUUCCACAAUAAAUUAUCCGAACUCCUGCCUAAAACCAUAGCAAGAACAGCAACUCAACUCAACGGAUGAAGCAAUAAAUAAGGGACAUUGAGAACAAAUCAGACUCGAGAUUUUUUAAUCUUUAAUGACACAACUAUUUGUUUAAUUUACAACUAAGAGUACAGUUGUAUAACCCCAUAGUGAGCCUCUUAAUUAUUAUUCAGUGGAGCUGGUAAAUCCACCCUGAUGAAUGUGUUAGCCCAUCGAAACAUCAAUCAAAUGGAUGUCAUGGGAACUGUGGAGGUAAACGACCGACCAAUUGGACGGGAAAUAAACGCCAUGUCGGCUUAUGUUCAACAAGAUGAUCUGUUCGUUGGAUCGCUCACUGUCAGGGAACAUCUAUUAUUUCAGGUGAGUAAAGUAGUUGUAUACUAGUAUUAGAGGGAUUAAGAUUCACGUUUACGCCAAACGGUAAACGUGAAUUUUUACCACGUGACCAAGUUUUCCCCUUAAUUGUCGUUUACUGUUUAUUACUUCUACACAAAAAUACCGUAAAAUUCCGAAAAUAAGCCCGUCCUGGUAUAAGCCCCUCCAAAAAUAAGCCCUCCAAACUGGUAACGCAAAAAAACCCUCCGUUAAACCGCCCCUCCAAAUAUAAGCUCUCCAGGGGUUUCUACUUGGAAAAUUGCCCUCAAAUACAAAGUAAAACAAAGCAAAAACGGUAAAUUUACUUCCAACUAUAAGGCUAGCCUGUAAAUUGACAGGAAUACACCGAACUGCUAAAAUUAAUACAUAUUUUCCCUCCGUUAGAAUAUAAACUCUACCGCGAGCCCUUUUCUGUGCACCAAUCGAUUUUGAAACGCAAAUUUCCCUCCCGUAGAUAGGCCCCUCCGAAUGUAAGCCCCUCAAAAAAUAAGCGCCUCAAAAAGGGCCUCUGAAAAAUAUAAGCCCUGGUGCUUAUUUUUGGAAUUUUACGGUAAGUAGUUUCACGCCAGUGUUAUCCAUAAUAAUUGUUCUGGGCAGUUUUUAUCCGCUCAUUUUCUAUUCUGAGAAAUUCUCAACUUGAAUCUGCCGUUUGCCGUUUGCCGUAAACGUGAAUCUUAAUCUCACUAUUGUCAUUUAUCGGUAUUGCGAUCUAAUACUGGAAGUACAAGUAAAUGUCUCGCAAAACUCGGUUUUAAUAGCGCCUUUCAAGUUGAGCUUGCCGUGUCGGGAGGGGCUAGGAACUGAAUGGGUGACCCCUCACAUCAAUCAAAUGUGACCUGCCGCGAAUAUCUUGUUGUUAAGAGAGAGUAGCAAAGGGGGAGGGGGGCUGGGGGAGGGGGUCAUGUUUUCAUUUCAUGUACAAAUUUUGAUAAAUUUCAGGUAUGACUUUGGUUAUAAACCAAUUUUCACGAGUUACGAAUCUCACCUAUUUAUCAAAGGGGCUAAGAACCGAAAAACAGUAAUCUUGGAUCCCAAUUCGCAUUAUAUUUGACGAUUACAGUUCUCCCCGCUUCUCCUCUUAAUGUCAGUAGGGCGAUCUAAAAGGGCGUUGACGAGCAGUCACGGAUGUGGGAAAUUCGUGUCUCCAGGUGUCUUGCGUUCAAAUUGAAAACAAAUCAACGCCCCCGAUGCGACUUCUUUUUACCCUCUAGCGACUACAGCCUGCGUGGUUUUUUGGUUAGUUUUACUCUUUUGCUCUCCUCGAGCACGCGCAUGUGUCCUCGAAAUUUCUCCCUUCGCCCUAACAAAACCGGUGCCUUCAGUGCAGGCGACAGCGACGAGGCCUUUCGUUAGGGCAAUUCUGUCAAUUUUAACACGAAAACGAAGCAACACUAGAAUCAAAAACGUAAAAACGGAUAUCGAACUUGGAAUAAAGAAUGCUGAUCUUAAAUGAAACAAUAGUCACACUUAAAAAAAGCGAAUAUUGAUCAGAAUGAAGGGAAUAUCAAAGUUGUUAAACGAGUGAAACAAUGGAAUCUCAGUGAUUUGAAAAACGCGCCAUAGUUCUUGUCAUGCUUAUCAAAAUCAUAUUAAAUUAAACUUAAGUUAGUAGGUUAGUGAAGCAUCCAUCGAAGUUGGUUUGAAUCAAUUAAAGCUCAUCAUGAUCAAUGAAUAGCAAAUUCGGAAAAAAGUCGUAGUUUUUCUGCUGCAGUUUAUAUGCAGUUAAGCCGGUUUGUACAUUAGAAUGCCCGUUCGUCUUUUUGGUAUCUUUUGUAGCUACCAACUGCUUUUUGUAAUGAUGACCUCAAUGUAUUUAAUACCAACUCUCUCGUGUUCCCCGCCUUUAUAAAUUUCAAGAGUAAGGCCGUUGCUAAGCUUCAGUCGUUCGCUGUAUAGUGCCGUCUUGUUAUAGGCGCCAUCUUGAGCAGUAAAGCACGAUCCCCGUAGCUUGUGUACCUUCAGAGUAAAGACGAAUUCGUCUGGAUAAAAUCGGUCGCUUAUCUGUGAAGAUGUGGCUUCUUUUUCCUCUGUCCCUUUUAGAAUAUCCCCGGAUGUUCCCUCGAUCCCAAAACAUGGGGCAUAAUUUGGAUAAUUAUUUAUGUCAACUGUUUGAAACCCAAUAAAAUUGGUUUCAUCGGACAGGCCAAAUAUUGGAUCGCUGUCACUUGAUUGUCCAAUGAUGACGUCAGUGUUUACUGUUAUAUUAACGGUCAGCGGAGUUUCGUCUGACAGUUGGCCAGCGGCUAACAAUGGUACUUUUAAAACAGCUUUGUAUCGUUGAGCUUGGCGGAUGUCAUCGUCUCCUACGAACGUUAUCUGAUGAGUUGUCACGGAAUAAUGAACGUCGAUGUAGGUAGCAUGGGCUUCGAGCCACAAAGGAGUCAUGUUAUACGUUUUAUUGGUGAAUGGUUUCUAUGACAGAAAAAAAAAAAUAAAUUCGACCGUUGCUUAAUUAUAAAAAGCAUUUUAAAAAGUGCACAAUCCUGCUCGCCAUAGCGUAUGGGUACCUGCGACGUCGAUUUUGUCGCCCGUUCUUCAUCAAAUCGUCGGUUUUACAUUGGAAUGGGGCAAAGCGAUCGUUGUAAGAAAUACUCAAGCAGAGGCUCUCUAGUAGUUCAGUGCCGGGAUAGGACCUCCGACCCGGAAUUCUGAGUUCGAAUUUCAUCUAGAGCUACCACUCGGAAACUUCAAUAUUAUGUCGUACAGCCUUGGUCUUGUACACUGGUGGACGGCCGAUUUCGAGCAAUUCCCCGUAUACCUCAGUGGCUAGUGUAGUUAAACUAUAAUUAAAAUUUCGACCCUGCUGGUCAUAAAGUAUCUACUACAUAGUGGUUAGAGUGUGUGAAGUAAUGAACUCCGCGGGUCUUGUGCUAUAUUUUUUUUUCGGAACCCGGAAAUUUUUUUGGAGCUUUCUGAUGGCAGAUUUCUCUUCUAAAUUUAAUAAUAAUAACAAUAAUAAUAAUAAUAAUAAUAAUAAUAAUAUUAUUAUUAUUAUCAUUAUCAUUAUUAUUAUUAUUAUUAUUAUUAUUAUUAUUAUUAUUAUUAUUAUUAAAUAUAAAAAAUUAAGGUCGACCACCUUUGCUUACAAAAGGCUAAUAAUAGGGAACAAGACUUGCAUACAUCUCAACAUAAGGGAUCUCUGUUCAUAAAUCUGGCGCGACCUUUUUUUGACCGAACAUUUACCUUCAUGGGGUAACUGCUGUAGGUGUAACCAGUGUUCACUUUAUAGUCCCCUGGGUCGGUUUCCUUAUCUGCAUCAUUCAGCUCACAAAUCGAACCAAGAGACUUGAAAUUUAUGCUGCGACAGCGACGUUCCUGCGAGCAUGUAAUUAGACACUGGCCAAUAUUUUUCACAUUUGGAGUAGAGAUCAAAUGAUUUCUAAGAUAAUAACCUUGCUGAGAAUAUGCCGCCUUCUUACAGUGUUGCGUAGACGCGGCGAUCAUAAGAAAAGACGCAAUAACUAGUAUAAAUAGGAAAACCAGCUUCAUCGCUAGCUAAACUUUGAGUUGAUUAAGAUUGCCCAGAGAGUUCUGGAAGGAAGCUGUGCAGCUGUUGGAAAUGAAUUUUUGAUGAAAGAUCGCGCUUUUUUAUUCAAGUGUACAAACGUGUUUUUUUUUUGUUUUUGUUUUUUUGUCUUGUUUUGUUUUGUUUUGUUUUUAAUUUAAUUUCUUGUUUGUUGAAAACCAUCACUACUUCCCCCUGAAACCCUUCAGUUACUCACUUUGUAAUUUUCAGUCCAGUAAUUGUUACGUGUCAUCCAGAAACUAUUGUUUUGAAGUGAUAUUUUUGUCUUUUCGUUUUCAUAAUUCAAGAUUGCCUGUACUGAGUCAGCAGGAAUGUUUUUCCAUUGUACGUUUAUAGUAGUAUCUUAUGCUGUGCCCCGCUGUCAGAUUCAUUAACAAAAGUUUCAAUCGAUUAUUUUUCAGUUGAGCGAUGGAAUAGUCUAUUAAGCUUUUUAAAUAUAUAUUUUAAAAAUUUUAAUUCAUACCGCGUUAGGAAAUAUUUGAAGGAUCACAAUGUGAUUUACAUUUUCUGGAUUAUGAACUUUAAAUGAAGCAAUUAAAAUUAAUAUAAAGCUGUCGAUAGGUUGAGCAUUGUGGAAGAGAAACUGUCACUUUUACUAUAGAACUUGAAGACUACAAUAAGUUUUUCAUUUGUUUGUUUGUUUUUGUUUGUUUUUUUGUUUUUGUUUGUAUGAUUGUUUUGUUUGUUUGUUUCGUUUUUAAAGGCACAGACUUUUAGGGUCGUUUAUUUAAACCGGGUUUAGCCAGUGAUUAACAAACCUUGCGAUGCGGCCCAUUUUCAUUUUGCCUAACGUCUUUAUAUAAACAACGUUUAUCGCGAACAGUUUUAUGGAAGCAUCUAGGAUAGACUAGAGAAAUAUUUACCUUUUUACAGUCUUCUUUAUAGGAAGAGAUCUGAAAGGGGCAGUAAUUUCGUUAAGCGCAGCCUAAGUUAUAAUUCGUUUAAACAAACCGUUACAGCAGCCUUUCAAAAAUUCUAAAACCUAGCCUACCUUAGUUUGUAUAUAAAAAUUUUAAAAGUCACGCUUUUGUCCAAUGAAUGUAGAGCAUCAAAUUGGAGAAACAACAAAGAAACAGUCCUGGGAGCAGUGUCAAUUACUUGCAAACUCUGAACCAACAACUGCGAUUGAAAAUAGCAUUUUGAAAAAAUAUUUUAAAAAAUGUGUUUUCACAUGGAGCAAAUAAACCAAAAGUAACUUUGUUGGAAGAUUAUUUUACUGGCGGUAGCCACUGCGUUUGACUAAAAAAGUAUGAAAUAUUGGAAAAAGAACUGACAGUACUAAUAAAACUUUUGUCGUUAAAAUUCUCUUUGUUCUUGAUUUGAUCCUGCAGCUAUUGCACUCGCAAUUCCCGAAACUUUAUUUAGGACGCAUGUUCCAUUAAGGUUCUGAUCCGAGCUUGGAAUCGCAAGUAAUAUUUUUCAGCUCCAAAGCCAACACUUAUUUUCACACUAAAAAAUUGAGUCGAGCCCUCACUGUAGUAAAGAGGUAGAGUACGAGUACUCCUCCAUUUUUCCUCAGGGAUAAAAGAGCGAACAAAACGCGAGCGUGCGUGAAAAUCACCCCAUCUCUCUCCCUACAGCGCAUCGCCUUUCUCGCGUGCCUUCGGCUCGGCUGAUAACACUUACCUCGUCCUUGAUUAUUCCGGAUAUCACAAAACCCUCAUCCAAUGAUUGUUUUUUAUCAGUCACCAUCUUGUUUUCCCCAUAAUGUCUUUUUAUUGGCUAAGAGCCAAAAGUUAAUUUGCAAAAUCGGCGCAAUCUACUAAUAGCUAUAUAUAACCUACAAUGUAUAGGUGAUUGGUAAAGAAAUACUCAAACUGUGCUCAGUGAAAAUGGACGCCGCCAAACAAUGGAAAGCUUAAUAAAAUACAAUGACGCUUGUACACUUUAUUUCUUAGCUUUUAAUAAUCCCAACCAACUAGCUUGAAUGAGCUAUAGGAACGUAAAAGAAAUCAUCAUUACCAUCGCCGUCUUCAUCAUCAUCAUCAUCAUCAUCGUCAUCGUCACAUUUAUUGAUGGGACAUAGUUUAAUAAGUUAGUGAAGCACCCAUCGGAGAGUUUUAUGAGUUUAUGAGUUUAUGUUAUUAGUUUUUUUGUGUUGAAAAUAGUAUCGUCUGUUCCUACUAGCUACUUUUUAUUAUGUGGACCUCAAUGUACUUAAUGCCAACUCUCUCUUUUUUGCCAUCUUUAUAAACUUCAAGAAUAAGACCCUUGCUAGGCUUCAGUCGCUUGCUGUACAAUGCUGUCUUGUUAAAGCCGCCGUCUUGAGUAGUAAAGCACGAUCCCCACAUCAUAUGCGGUUUCAGAGUGAAGAUAAACUGUCCAGGAUAGACACGUUUGCUGAUCAAGGGAGUAUCCAUAUCAAUGUACUCUCUUUCUUUUAGUAAUAACCCUGAUGUACCCUCCGUUCCAAAACAGGGAGGGUUGGUGUCAUAAUUGUUUGUGUCAACGACUUCAAAUCCCACAAAAUUGGUUCCGUCUGAUAGGCCAUAAGAUGGAUCGCUGUCGACUCCGGUGUUGAUUUCAUUGGUUGCAAUUAUUUUAACGGUCAGCUGAGCUUGAUCUGGAAGCAUUCCAGCAGGUAUCAAAGGAAUUUUCAAUAGAGCCAUGUCAGCUGAAUUGGGGAUCCUUUCAUCUGUUAUCUCAUGAAAAUUUACUUGAUCAUCGUCAAUGGAGUGAAAAUUGUCGAUGUAUGAGGCAUGCGCCUUGAGCAACUGUGGAGUCAUCUUGUACACUUUGUGGUUCAGUGGUGCCUAUUAAAGUGAAAUAUAUGUUCACGUCGAGACCUUAAAUUUACUACUAAGAUCAGUGUAGCUAGGGCCGGUCAGUCAGGGUGAGAGCAUCCACUUCCACAAGGCCAGAGCUGGGCUCAAUAUUAUAACAACUUUCCAUCUUUUAUUUGUUACACUUGGUGUUAAAUCUUACUUUCAUCCCUUGAUAUGUCUAACCAUAUUAAUCAGUUGGAUAAGCCCACGGUUUAUGUUCAGUUUUCUAGAGCCCUUAUGUUACUAUUUCUCUUACCUUGUACCUUGAACUUGUGGAAAGUAGUUCUACUGGCUGAAACUAUAUCGACCAUCUGAAAGACUGAAAUCUUCCGUUCCCUAGUGAUUUCCGUUGUAUUAUAUUUAGUUUAUACCUAGAGUGUCUGAUAUGCCCAAUAUGCACAUCUUUCUUGAUAGGGACGCAUAAAAAAUCCACAAAUUAAAUUUUUCAUAGCUAUGGGAAAACGACGCUCCAUAAUACUGCAGGUUUGGUAGCUGUUUCUUGUGGCAAAUUUUCCUUAAAUACUAUCAUGUAGGAUUCAAAUUCGUGAUUGCUCUUGGGUAUAUCAUAUUAUUUAUAUCCAUGCUUGGAAGUCUGGUCUUUAGGUUUCUUGACAUUUGGAGUUGCAAUAGCUAUUUUUUUCCUCAAAGAUCUUUGUUAAAAAUGCCGCAUCAUAUAAAUUUAUUUUGACUCUCACCUUGAUGGGGUAAUCGCUGUAGGCAUAGCCAUCGUUUAAUUGGUAGUCUCCAGGUUUGAUUUCCCUGUCAGCAUCAUUUAGCUCACAAAUGGAACCAAGAAACUUAAAAUUGAUACUCCGACAACGCUGAUCCUGCGAGCAUGCGACCAAACAUUGGCCGAUAUUUUUAACGUUUGAAGUAGAGAUCAAAUGAUCUCUGAGGAAAUAUCCCUGUACUGAAUAUGCCACUUUUUUGCAUAGUUGCGCAGAGCCAACAUUGAGAAAAAAUGGAAUAAAUAGAAGAACCAAUGUCAUCGCCAGAAUGUGAAACUAGUUUACAACAGUAAACAGCAUUCUUUUGUGCCUUGGGUAUUGGCGCAUGACGGUAACAAACUUGAUAAAACUUUUAAGAGUCUAUUUGUAUGAACAGCCCUAUAAAAUAUUAAUUGAAAAUUACUUUUAGAAGAGAUUGUUGCCCAGUGAUUGCAUUGGGUGUUCUUGCUAAGAAUAUUCACCUCAAGAGAUUUGUCGAGUGGUUAUCUUACUCAGAAUUUGACUCAGACAAACAAAAAUAAUACGGUUUGAAACAGUUAAGUUAGGCUCCAUACUGAAAACGUUUCUCGGGAGUUGUGGCCACUAUUAACUAUCACAGUGCAUCAGCAAACCGUCAGCAAAUCGUCUUUAAGGACACUUAUGGACCUUCCACUAACGGGUCCCACAGUGAAUUUAAUUUUAUUACUCAGACACGAAGCUGACCGAACAAACUGGAACAAUUAUUAAGACUGUUGUUCAAAAAACAAUGAGUUCAAAUUUGACCCUUUAUUUUAAGUUUUAAACUAUAAAAAAAAAUCUCAAUGUUUGUAAAUUACAAACUGUAUUGACCCGGAAAUUGCAAAUACAGUUGUCAAAUGAUAUGUAUAGUAUAAUUAAGGAUUGUAAAUCAGAAUAAGUUUGUUUGCAAUGUAUUGAGACAAUGUUCAAGGAAACUUCAAUAAAAUAUGCCCUGAUCUGCGAAUUGUAAGAAGACAUUCUUGAAAUUCAAAGUCCGUACAGUUUAAUAGUUCAUUUUUUUUUCUGAUUGUUUUAACUUAACACCAUGAUCGGCAUAAAAUUUUUAUUACUCCCAAGAAAACUUAUGUUGUUUAUUUAUUCAUUUUUACUCAAGAGAUGAUUUAGAAGUAAAUUUUCGAAGUGUCCUUGCGGUGCUUAUUUCAGUAGAAAUUCCCCUGUUUUGAAAUAGCUUAUGUCUAAUAUUAAUUUUAAUCGUAAUCAUUUUUCACUCUGUCUCCUUGUUUUAUUUAUUUAUUUAUUUAUUUAUUUUCAGCAAAACACUACACCAUCAAUUUAUAUACAAAGAGCGCAAAACUUUUUCAUUGAAAUAUUUCAGGCUUGUGCGAUACAAGGCAGUACCAGCCAUUGCUCUACCAAUUGAGCUAACAAACUAACUGGGAUUUGGUACAAGCCUAAUUAUUUUCAGCUUUACUUUUCGCAGCACGCAAGAGUUGUUUUCGAUAACUUGGAUGAUCUUUACUGAUAUAUAUAGUUGAAUUAUUCGUUCCGAAGUUCAAACAUUAACGCGGGUUUGCAACGAAACAAGUUCAUUUCACGUUCCGUUGACAUCAAUGAGAUGAACAUCGCCUGUAAUACAUGAACAUUGCUCUACACUCGGUCAUUCAAUCACACAUGAUAAAGUAGAGGUUAUACUCCUGGAGGACAACACUCUAAAAAGGAAGAUCAAGGAGGUUGUAGAAGACGGCCCCUGUCUUGUCCCUGAUGGAGGGCUAGAACUAAAAACAAACUAUGGCACAGUUUUCUUGUCAUGUGACCAUCCUGAGGUCAAGUGACUACAAUGUAACCUUGCUUUCACUUCGACUGAUGAAAGCCAAGCGAUUUGCCUGAAUUAUGUCGAUUAGAGGAAAAUAUUUUAUACGUUUAAGUCUAAAAAUUAUUCUCAUUGAUAAACGGCCGUUUAAAAUGAACAGGUUGAUUUACCAGCUUCCAUUUGGAUUAUUAGCUUGCUCCGCCCGUAUUGGUAGGGUAAUGAAGGGGUCAUGGGUUCGAAUCACGAAAGUUUUCUCAAUUUGACUAGUCUCUACCGGUCGGGAAGCAAGAAGGGAUUUGGCAUGCUAUAUUUUUUGCAAAGAAAAAGAAACGUUACUGGUUUCCACGGGUAAAGGGAGUUCUGUAAUAACUAAUUUGUAUAAACUAUUAGAGACUACCACAGGUUAACAUGGUUCGGUAUACUUUAGUAAAAAAGAGAAUUUUCCCAGAGCCUUAAACCUGAUCGUAGAAAACAGAAUGUAGUAAAAUUUAUGAUAACCGAAUAGGCCAUUUCCAAGUUCCAAAAACCCUCUCUUUCAAAAUGAAGCCAAGUGCACAACCUUUCUUGUGAAAAUGAGUUUUAUUUGCAUGAGAAUGAAAUUAACUCAUUUCCAUAUCAAAGACUGAGCACUUGACCUCGUUUUGAUACAGAGGCCCGGAGGAACUCGAAAAUGGCCUAUUUUUCUCCUUCUCACAUAAAUUUUUGUUCCUAGGCUUUUCUGCGCAUGGACAAACACGUCCCAGGUCACCAGCGGAAAGAACGCGUCGAGGAAGUUAUACUACAGGUAUGAACCUUUGUAAAAAAAAAGAAAACUGCCUUGAAAUUUGAAACAGCUGCCAAAGGCAUGCAAACACCUGUCAGUCCUAACGUAUUGGGUCAUCUAUUAAUUUCCUCACUUCCUAAUCAGCAAACAAGCUCAUAUAAAGGAAGCCUGAAAAAUAAAUAAAUGUCCAUUUUAAUGACAUUCGACCUUUUUUUUAAGUUUUCCUUCUUGGCAAUGGACACUUAUUUCGUGGUAUCCUGGGCCGGCCAUGGCGAACUUUUAGUAAACUAUGUUAUGGCGCAUUCAAGGCUAAUUUGCUGGUCAUUCGUUUGGGGAUAACAUUUCGAAUGGAAUGCGAAAAAAAGUUGUUUUUUCUUAAAUCACAUUUAUUUACCCAUGUAAAUAAAGGGUGGCACAGGUUGAUAUUUAUUAAUUGUUGGCACAAAUUUGACAAAACUUUAUUUUAUUCGAUAGUGAUAUCAUAUUUCAUUCAAAGGAUUCACGGAAUCUAAAACUUCAAAAACAGUACUUUCCUCUGUGAUCGUGUUCAAAGAGAGACCUGUCUUAUUGCAGUGAACUGCUUCCUCUUGAAGGCAGGAGAUCGAAAAGAAAAACAGAGACAACGAGAUAUUUCAGACAAGUUCUUUUAUUCAGACUUAUCCUAUGCAUGCUGUGUUUGAUUGAUUGAUUGAUUGAUCGAUCUAUUGGUUUAUUGUUUGAUUGAUUGAUUGAUUGUUUGUUUGUUUGAUUGACUGACUGACCGACGACUGAUUGAUUGAUUGAUUGACUAUCUGACUGAGUGAUUGAUUGAUUGAUUGAUUGAUCGAUCUAUCGAUUUAUUGAUUGGUUGAAUGAUUGAUUGAUUGAGUGAGUGAGUGAUCCAUUGAUUGAUUGAGUGAGUGAGUGAGUGAGUGAGUGAUCGAUCGAUCGAUUGAUUGAUUGAUUGAUUGAUUGAUUGAUUGAUUGAUUGAUUGAUUGAUUGAUUGAUUGAUUGAUUGAAGCUCGGCCUAACUAAGUGUGCUGAUACAUUCAUUGGAAUACCUGGACGAUUACGCGGAAUAUCAGGUGGAGAAAAGAAACGACUGUCAUUCGCUUCAGAGGUAUGAUUAACCAACAUUUUAUCUGCGUAUAGUGCCAAGGUAAGUAACUAAGUAAUUAGUUUGAAGUUUGAAGUUUAUUAAUUCGUAAAUACAUAGUAGUUCGAAAACUGAAUUGCGUAUUUACGUUACAAAAAACCAAAUUAUAGAUCUAAACUUUAACUAAUCUAUCUUAUUAAAAUGAAUAAUAUAUAGAUUUAGCCAGGGCUAAAAGCGAAGCUCCCGUUAAUAAAUUCAUAAUUUAAAUCAAACAACAAACUUGUAAUCCACAGAUAGGGCACAUUCAUGUGACUUUUGAGGCAAAUUAAGGCUAAGUGAUUUUAGAGAAAAAUAAUUUGACAGUCCAAGAGUGAAACAAAUUUUACAUCGAGUUAAUAGUCUUAUUUGUACACCCAAAAAUAGCAAUCAUGUUCGAUCACAUGCAGUAGAUUAGGCCUGGAAAACAAAUAGACCUAUUCGUGUAUUGUAUUUGCAUUAGCUGUUGCAUCAUAAUGUGGCAUUCACCAGUCUCUUCAACAAUGCUCCGUUAGAGAGACUAUGGAUAAUUGGACAACCCCGAAAUAUAGUUUUAAGAAACACACGAGCCACGAUAGUCCUUGGUGGAAGCCAAUUGACACGUUGCAUUCAUCUGUCUAAAAGGGAGGCCAAAAUAAAAAAUCAGGCCGGAUUUUUUGUGUUCGACAAGUUUAGUUUACAAGUAAAUCUUGGCGACGGAUCUGGUGGCCUGUAAACCAGCCUUUUAAACAUACUUUUUCUCAACACGUCUCAGGUAAACAGUACUAUGAGGUCCUUUUCUUUAUCAUACAGACCUCGGACAAAAUUUGUUCUUUUUUUGCCCUAUAAUUCUUCAGUUUUUCACAAUUUUGCAAGACAAUUUGCACUCCACGACGUCAAAGCACGCGCCUCUUUUGCACAACAAAUUAUAGCAUGGAAUUAUAAAACGUUUUCAUGAAAAGAAUUCCAUAAUGCGCGACUUUUCCGUGAGAAAAAUCUGGUCCUAUGUGAUAUGCAGGGUAAUAAUU